AUGUCCACGGGGUUCUCCUUCGGGACCGGCACGCUGGGCUCCACCACCGUAGCCCCCGGCGGGACCGGCGCAGGCGGCGGUUUCUCCUUCGGGACGGGGCAUCUAGGUGGUUUUGGAACCGGGCUCUUUGGAACGAAACCUACCACUGGGUUCACUCUGGGAGGAACAAAUACAGGGAUUGUCAUUGGUGUCAGACCUAAAAAAUGGAAUAGCAGCAACAAUAACUACAGGAUUAACUCUGGGGAUAGUAAAGCACUGAAGGAUGAAAAUCUCCCUCCUGUCAUCUGCCAGGAUGUUGAAAACCUCCAAUGUCCUGGAGCUUUUCAUCGGAGACUUGCCCUAGAAAGGAGGAAAACUGAUAAAGCUCAGACAGAGAUUGAGAAUGAAAAUGGAACCACUGUAAUAGAUCUUCCAGGUACUUUAUCCCUCGAAACGGACUGUUCAGGGACAGGCAUAUCACCUGCUGAGUGCAGUUUGAUAUCAGCGUCUCUGCCCCCAUGGCCUGAGGAGCCUGGCCUGGACAACCCCGCCUUGGAGGAGAACACGGCCACUGACACUAUGCAACAGCCGGUUAGUUUUCCAGAAGGCAAAAUUACUACAAUUGAAAUUCACCGGUCUGAUCCUUAUAUUCAGCUAGGAAUUAGGAUUGUUGGGGGAGGCUUAGCGCCACUGAACAACAGAUACAUUGUUAUCCAGGAAGUCUGUCGGGAUGGGGUGAUCGCCAAAGAUGGAAGACUUCUUGCUGGAGACCCAAUUCUUCAGGCUAGUGGUGAGAGGGUGGAUUUAACAAUUGCUAGGCCGGGGAAAUCUCAGCCUGGUAACCCUGUCCAGGACGCAGGAGCUCAGAGUAGCAGCCAGCAGCAUGCACAGCCACUGUACCACAACAGUCCCAGCUCACAAAAGGCUAGUGGCGACAGGGUGGAUUUAACAAUUGCUAGGCCGGGGAAAUCCCAGCCUGGUAACCCUGUCCAGGACACAGGAGCUCAGGGUAGCAGCCAGCAGCAUGCACAGCCGCUGUACCACAACAGACCCAGCUCACACAAGAUGAGGCCUCGAGUUUGCAUGUUUUCAUUCAUCUGCCCUCAGGGAAUCCUUGUGACAAACUGGUAAGAUUUAAAUGAGGGCUGUUACUCUGUUGGAAAAGGUGAACACAAGGUGUUUGGGGGUGUGGAAUGUGUGUUUGGCUACCUUGAGAGUCCCUGUACAGUCUGUUCCUCAGCCAGUAGGGGUGGUUUCUUAG